GAAAACGCUCGAGAUUCUUCUUAACAAAAAAAGUAAUGAAAAGUGAAAAACUCGGGAUCUGAAUCAAGAUAUUUCCAUGGCGCUGCGCGCUCCGAGGCCGAUCCUCUGCCGGAUCAGGGCGGAGAAAUCGGCGUUGCCGGAGUUUCAGAGGCUGAGGGGCGCGGCGGAGGCGCCGGCGGAGGGCGGCGGAAAGAUCGUGCUGCAGCCUAGGGUUUGCACGCUGAGGUCGUUCGGGGGAGAGCGCGGGGGCGGCGUGAUUAGGGCUAAUGUGGAGAGCGAGGUUUCUAGGUUCUUCGGGACUCUGUCGGAUUAUGUGGAGAGCUCCAAGAAGAGUCACGAUUUCGAGAUUAUGUCUGGUCGGCUUGCCAUGAUUGUAUUUGCUGCAACAGUUGGAGUGGAGAUUGUGACAGGGAACUCGGUAUUCAGGAAACUCGAUUUGCAAGGACUUGAAGAAGGUGCAGGCGCAUGCUUGGCAGCCAUAGCUAGUGCCGCCACUUUUGCUUGGUUCUCGAGCUACCGUAAAAAAGUGGGCUCGAUUUUCACAACUGGAUGCAACACCUUCAUUGAUGCACUCGUUGACCAAAUAGUCGAUGGCUUGUUUUACGAGACCGACAUUAAUGACUGGUCCGAGUGAUUUGAUUUAGAGGAAUGAAAUAAAAAGAGCCCAUUAGAAUCAUGCAAAAACGGGUUUGCUUGAAUACUAUAUAUGUGUGCGCGAUAUGUAAGUAUAGGUAAGUUGUGUGGAAUUUGUGAAGUGUCGGCCGUGAGGGUAAAAAGGUAAUUGUGUAUUGAUAUUGUUAGAUAGUCGAUGUUGUCUUGCGUGUUUAUUUUACAAGUAUCGAUAGGUCUUAAUGCUAAAUGCCUAAUAGUUUGAUAGUCAUACUCUUCUAAUAAUUAUACAUACUUUAGUAUUGUGAUAUCUUGUACGUUAGUAUUGUUCUAUAGGAGUCAUUUUGGCCAUGUUAAAUUGUAGUGCACUCAACAAGAAAGAUUUUUUUAGGUGUUUUGUGGGAUUAUUUGAAGAUCACGUUUUAACAGUUAAGAAUUUACAUAGCAAGAAUUGCAGCAUGAACAGA